GUCCGUUUGGCGCCAACUCUCUCUCUCUCGUUCCUGUCUCUCUCUCGUUCCUGCUUCUGCUUCGAUUCGUCUCUGCAGAACAGUUGCCGCAGCUCGAUGGCAAGUCUAGGGUUUCGCCAUCCUCAGUUCUCCGAGGAUCUUGCUUGGCUACCGGAUUGGCUGCAGCAAGAUCAAUCGGAAAGUCCGGCGGAGCAACCGUCAGAGGACGCGGCGCCUUUACGAGAAAACGUCGGUGAAGACGAGUGCUUGGAGCUGUCGUCGAAGGGCGAAGGUGGAUACACCGGUUGCCGUCUAUUCUUGUCGGGGGAAGAUGGUUCGCCGUUCUUGUCGGGGGAAGAUUGUUCGCCGAUGAGCUAUGCUCGGUCUCCUGGGAAAGUGCUUCAUUUUCACUUACGUUUCUCCUACAAUAGUGGCACACAGUCACAGUUUACCGAAAAACAAGUAUCUAACACAUCUCGGGCAGUGCUUCAGUCUUCAAAAGGUAUGCAGAUUCAACGAGUUGAAGUUGCAUCUCAACCUGUUGAGAAGGUUAGAGCAAGAGAGUAUGGAGAGAACUUGAGAAGACAUCUCAAGGAUGCAGAUCUUAAUGCGACAGUUGAACUCUCAAUUGCUGCAUCUGAAGCUAUGGUCAUACAUGAAUUGGUAGAGAAUGAAUCAGCUUUAGAAUCUCUACCUGCAGCAGCUGUUGUGGAGGUUGCACUUCGGGUGAAGGAAGCACGCUUAAAGGGAUCGGAAGAGGUGUCUGAUUCUGUGAUCAAGAGGACUGAUGAGGAUAUAGACCUGGAUGAUAUUGCUAUGUUAGAUGCUUUUAAAGAUGUAGGGCUGUCUUUCAUUGACUAUAAUGAGCGAGGUAUGAGUGAUUUUGACAUUUCUCAAGUCAAAGAAACUCCAUUAUCUCAAAUUCAUUGUGACAAUAGUUCCCCAAGAGAGGAGACGAGAAUUGAUUUCGGUAAGAUGAAUGCACAGAAUCAUGCUCGUGACGUUUUAGCUCUUGAUAAACAACCAGAAAGCAACUCUUUAUUAGAAUACACCCAACAUGAGUGCAGAAAAAGCACUUUUGGUGAUAAAGAUCGGGGUUCACCCACCUUCGAUGUGGCAAGUCAUGUUGACACUAUGCUGCAUCAGUCAGCUCUGAAAGAAUCAUUUGUUUUAACCGUGGAAAAGGUUGGUUCUGGCAUGGUGGAGAAUGCCUUAUGUGAGCGACAAGCAGAAUCAUUUGUUAACAAUCUCUCUCAGUGUCAUGGUAAUACUGGAGAAUAUAGACAAGAUCUAACUGAAGAAAGAUUUCGGAGCCGCUGGUUAGGUGGUUGGUCCACGAAGGACAUAGAAGCUCCUGUGGAGUUGAAAGAGAAAAGCACGAGAACUAGAAGCAUUGCCAAGUUCUUUGUUCAUGAGACAAGCUUUCUCUCAGAAUCAGCAGAUAUUGCGCCCGAUGAAAAUUCUGUUGUGCAGAUUGGAAUCAGUACCCAGAAAGCUUCACAGUUAAAUAUGGCUUUUGAAGGUUCAUGCGACGAAGUCAACGAGGGCAUAACUUUCUCUCAAGAAAUUGUGAAGUCUUCAAGUUUAUCUUCAGCAGAUCCUCUUUGUUCCUUUGUUCCUUGCAGUAUUUCCACAGAAAACCAUGGAUUACAUCAAGAACCUAGUCAGAAUUGCAUUGAGAUUGUUGGUGAGAAAUUCAAUGACCUGGCUUCAGAACUUGGGUUGGCAAGCCCUAGUAAAACCUGUGACCCAAAAUUUAAGGCUGACAAUCAGAGUGCAGUUGUUACCUCUGAACCUAAAGAAGGUUUCCGGACAUUAGCAAGAAGACAGCUAUCCUCUUUAAAGACUUAUAGUGUAAUCUUAUCAAGCAAUGAAGCAAAGUUGGAGAAUGGACAUGAGCGCUCUAAGUUAUUGUUAUUCUCGAAAUGCAACAGGGAAAUCACAUCCUCAUAUCCUGAUACUAAUUUCACUCAAAACUAUGGUUGGAAAAAUUCUGUAGGACUGAAAUCACCAAAAUCCGGACAUGAUAUCCCUGCUAUGGGUUGUGGUGAGGAACAUGUUCCAGUCACUAAACAUCCAGCUGAGAAAGUGGCAUUCCAUAGGAGUAUUUCUGCUCAACCUGCAAAGGAUGCAGCAGCAUUGCAGGUUCAUUUGCCGGGAAAAAGAAAAUUGCCUCUGAUAACAGAUGAUAGAAAAUGGCGACAUAUAUUGGAUUCCCAGCAUCUUGCAGGGGAACGUUUUCGAAUAAGCAAUCUCAAACAGAUCAUAUUACCACAAAAUGCAGUUAACAUUCACCAAUGCAAAAAUAGUCAUGUUCCAGAUAGAAAACGAGUGACUUUCUCAUCAGAAGUUGAUGUCCAGCUUCAGGUGGAUAAGAGUAUGAACGGACUCUUGCACCAAACUUGCUCAACCACCAGAUCAUCGAAAAGGUCGAGAUACUGCAACUCUUGGUUAGACUGUCAAAGUCAAGGUACAAAACAUCGCACUAGUUUCAUGGCUGAGCAGCCACUAAUUUUUCACAAGAUGGAAUUCUUGCUUACUGGGUUUUCAACCCACAAAGAAAAGGAAAUUGAGAGGUUGAUUCAGAAACAAGGAGGCGAGGUCCUCCUGGAUAUUCCGCCCAUGAAUUUAAGGGGGAAGAGAAGUUCAAAAGUUGUUUCCAAGAAGCGGCCUUUUGUCAUAUCUCCGAGAAAGUUGAAGACGGCCAAGUUCUUGUAUGGAUGUGCAAUACGUGCCUUUAUUGUUAAAGUCACCUGGGUUACUGAUUCAAUCGGUGCAGGUUCUCUCAUGUUACCUGAUAAAUAUAUGAUCAUAUCAAAUCAAGCUGAUGCAAUGUUUAUCUGUAUUGGAAAGUCAUUGCCACACUCUAGCAGCGGAUCUAUCUUUGGGCAAGUAGGGAUAAUGUUACAUGGAAAGAAAAGUUUUUGUAACAAAUUUUCUGAAGUAAUCAGGCAUGGAGGUGGGGUGGCAUACAAGACCCUUGAACAGUUGGUCUGUUGUCUUCAUAAUGGAAAGGUAUCCAUGGGAAUUAUUGUGACAGAAUAUGAGAGUAGGCCAUCUCGUCACUUGAGGCAGUGUGCUUUGGAGAGAAAGAUACCAAUAAUGCUCUUAAUGCAGACAAUGAGCUGGAUAAUAGAGAGUUUAUAUGCAGGGAAGCUGCUCUAUGUAUUGGAACAAAACCAAACCUAGGUUUUGGAGGUGACAAAACUACUAGUUUAAUUGAUUGGGCCAAGGAAAAUGAUGUUUGUCGUCUUUGGCAGACAAUAAGAUGAAUUGCACAUCGGCACAAGACUGAUUCAGACUUUACAAGGUUCCCCUUGUGCUUGCAUGAUUUUGCAGGUCGUACAUGUAGUCUACCAGAUGGCGUGGAUCACUUUCUAUUGACUAGUGGUUUAGCCAUUCAAUUCUAAGCAUUAGCAGGGUUGGACUCCUAUGCAUGUUUGAUUAAGCAGAAUGAUUGCAGGUCCUUUUUCACAGUGAUGCUCUUCCGCUUGUUCAAGCACCUUCUGAAAAGAAACGGCUAAGGUGUGUUCACGGGAUCACUACUCUGUCUGAGUCUGGAUUAGAACUCGAAAACUCAGCCGCUUGUAAUUCUGGAAGAUGAGCCAAAUUAACUCUUUGUUUGGCUUUACAUUUCUAGCAACAAGUGACACGUUUUUCAUGUGAAUGAGUUACUGCUAAUACGAUAACUAAUGUACAGAGAAUUGAGAAUAAACGGGAGCCAAUUACAAUGAUUGAGCUACCUACGAGUCAAGUAAUGUAUAUUUGUUGAUAAAUUCUUCAUUUCA